AUGAGUAGCUACCCACUGAAGGUUACUUUAGUAUCCCUUGAAAACAGCAAAGUGAAAAACCCAGAAGGCAGAUUUAUGUCCUGAUAAUCCUAGAAACUGCAAAUGUUCCCACAUCCCAGGAGGAGCUGGGUAUGGCCAAGAUAAAACUAGUCAGCACCAAUGGGCUACCUCUACAGGAUUUAGCAGGAACUAGAGGUAACUGGUAGUUUUAUUCAAAGCAUCAUUGUUUUGUGCUGAAAACAGGACAUGUGUCCUUUCCAUUAUUCCUUUUGGGAGAACAUCCCUUCUCCUCAUCAAAGCAUGCACAUGCAUCCCUUUACACCCAUGGAGUAUACUAAUACCCAGAAACAAAGGUUUGGUCUUGUUUCAGUAGUUCAUGCUCAAAGACAAAGGUAGUUGUGUCUAAAUAAGGGUUUUACAAAGCCAUACGAAUUUUUGGGAAUCCUCUUGUAAUUUGGAUAAGUUUGAACAUAUGGACUGCCUUCCCAGACAAUAGGUUUCAGAUGACUAUGUCAAUCAGUCAUUAAUAUUCUUCCAUAGAUUGGCUGCUGAGAAAACAAAGUUUGCCAAAUGUUAGAGGUGAGGGUGGAAUUUUGUGGCAUUUUAUGGCAAAUAUGGAUUUGUCUACAAAAUGGUAGAUUCGAGUGCCAUCACAUCAUCCAUUUCAAUGUCAAUCCAUUAAUUGUAUUCUUGUGAAUAUUAAAUGUUGGUGUUUUGACCUUUCCUAGGAUUUCUUCUACCCUGCUCACAUCAUAGAAACCUGCUCAUAAGAAGAAAUGCCAACAACUAGUUUCUGCAAAUGCUAUUUAAUUAUGGUUACCAUGAAGUUACAUUUAAACUUAAUAUUAUUGAAUUGUUUCAUCUGGUUUUAGUCCCCUCAAACUCCAAUGCAGUUGAUGCAGCCUAAACAAGCUUGCUUUGGAGUUCUAAUACCUAUCUUAUGCUGAGAUUUCAAUUGCUACACAUUUGAAGAAUUAAGUAUGUUGUUUCUGUUAUUUUUUUGAAUGUCAACAAAAUAUGAUAGGGCUAUACUCAGCAGUGCCCAGUAGCCAAACUGUUACUAACUUUUGUCUCACAAGUCAAUUAACAAGUCCUCUUAACUAGGGGGUGGCAAACAUAAACAAGUGACCUGAAUGUCUGUGUACAGAAGUACUUGAUAUGGGACUCCCUGGGAUUGACAUGUCCUUCUAAUGUGUAAUAAGGUGAAUUGCCCACACAUAUGCCUCUGCCACGACACUUCAUCUUCAUUAUUAAACUACUGAGUAAACCCUUCAUGCAUAUUUCCAGCUUCAUUAGAACAAUUCCUUAACAUUGAUGGUUGUAAAUUAAGGAAAGAAUCUGUUGGGAUAUCUUCUCUUGAAAUGUAAUUGCUGAUUCUUUGCUAAUUUCAGAAAGGGAUUUAAUCUCAUAGACCACCAGGUGAUGAUUAAAAGAUAUCUGUUCUCAAUAUACACCCUUGCUAUCAGCACUGGAUUGCACUGUGACUUUCUGGUGAAGAGAACCAACCAGAGACUGUACGCACUCAGGUCACUCAGGCACUGCAGUGUUCCAGUUUCAGAUAUGAUUCUGAUUUACACAUCCCUUGUAAAAUCAAUAUUAGAAUAUUCAUGUGUCAUGUUUUCAAACUUGCUGCUUUAUUUGUCAGAUGCCACCAAAAAUGUGCAAAAGCACUGCCCCCCUCAAAUUAUUUUCCCUACCUUAUCAUAUACUGAAGCUCUGACAGUGAGUAAUUGA